GGGAGGCCGCGGCGAGUACUACAUGUCCCGGCGUCCUCCGCGGCUGCUUCCUGCAGGGAGGCUCAGGACCGGGGCUGCUUCCGGUGCGGGCUCCUGACUCCAGGCGUGCACCCCGGAACCAUGCCCCGGUCCAAGGAGAUCUCUGAGGAGGUCCGGAAGAAGGUGGUGGAGGCCCACAAGGACGGCAAAGGCUAUAAGGCCAUCAGCAAGGUCUUCGACCUGCACCGCUCCACCGUCCGGCAGAUCAUCUACAAGUGGAAGGUCUUCAACAGCAUCGACACCCGACCCCGGAGCGGGCGGCCCACCAAGCUGGACACCAUCCUGCGCAGGGUGAUGAGGAGCGGCGCAGGUAAGGCCUCGCACCCCCGAUCUCCCCGCCCCGGAGGAGCCGACGACGGGGAGCAGGCCGCGCACAUGUCAGAGAACAGAAGAAUCGGAAAGGACGGGAGCGGCAGCGCGGAAGAGGGAGAGAGCGCACGGGUCCCAGGUGCGGACACGAGUCCAGGAUCGGGGGUAGAGGACGAUGUCGGGGCCCCCAUGGACCCUCUGCGACCCAGUGAUGCGGCGGUUACAAGGACGAGCAGAAUAAGGAACCAUAAAGUAAAGCGGGAGGAGGCGGAGCGGGCACGUAGCCGCACCCCGGGGUCCCCCCCGCCAGGUUCCUCCCGCCGAGCCCCGCGCCCUGCAGAGCAUCACGUGGAGGUGAUUCUGUGCUGCGAGAUCUGCGGCUCCUGCUUCCCGACAGAAACGGACCUGGAAGCCCACCAGGCCGAGCACCUGGAGGAGACGCUGCACCAGUGCGAGGAGUGCGGGAAAGCCUUUCAGUCCGCCGGCGGCCUUAAAACACACAAGAAAAGAAAACAUGGCUGCUGAGCGGGCGGCACUGCACUGGAAGAGAGGCCGAGCGCUGCUCCUGGGGGGGCUGAACUCUGCUAACAAAACACUUGCCGGGGCCCAAAACAUCAGCGCCUGAUGGGACGUGCCCGAUCAUCCUGCGAGUGACAUGUGCGCCACCCCCAGGACACUUUUAAUAUUACCAGGAGUCCUCCUGGCCAGUCUGUACAGGGACUGCGUGCCACACAGGGUGCCCUGAGGUGCAUGGACAGAAAGGGGUUAAAGGGGUUGUGCUGGGAUGCUUGCAUAUUCUCUGUCCUGUAGCAUCUGAUUGGUGGGGCCCCGACCGCUGACCACCACCGAUCACAAGACCUGGGGCCCUGUGUGGUUCUGAAGCGGUGGGCGGACUGCUCCUGCACUCAUCCUUGUGGGACUGUUGGAGAUCGGAGAGCACAGCGCGCGGUGGCAGCAGACAUGUGUGGGGCCACGUGAUGGGUGGGGGUCCCCGGAGUCAGACCCCACCACACAGAUGCUUGUCCGCUGUAAUGUCCUCACCGGGGCGUGUCCUGCCCAUGAUGGUGGCUCCAGCUUCUGGAGGUCACACCUGUCCGUACGUCUGUGGAGACCUGAGCGCAGGGUCUCGUCUUCUAAUAAAGGUGUUUUCAGGAAGC